AUGAGAUUGAAGUCAAAUUUCAUUAAACUGAAAUCAAAGAUUUCGAAAUCAUGCAACCGGUUCAUCUCCUUCUUUCAGGCUCGAGUUCGAAAUGUGAAUACCACACAAUCUUCUUCUUCAACUAUGUUGUCUUGUCUUUGUUUCCUCAGUACUAAUAAGGAGCAAAGGAUGAGCCAGAUCACACCUAGAAGCUCCUCAUCUAGUGUGGUCGAUGAUCAAAACCUUCUGCUCUCAAGAAAGAUGUUUUCGUUGGCUAUGACGCAAAGAAACAAUCCAGCGAGGACGAUUAAAAGAGAGGAAGAUGCUGUGAAAGAGGCUUGCAGAAGGUUUGAGGACUAUAUGAUCCAUGUGAUCGUUGAGGAAGGGAAGUUUGAUGACUUGAUGGACAUGGAAGAGGUUAACUAUUAUUGGAAUAAUCUUAACGAUCCUAUCUUCAUUGAGCUUGUGACUAGGUUCUAUGGAGAGCUCUGCACAGACUUGUUUCCAAGCGACUGACGCUUGAACAUGAUCAAAAUGGGUUUUAUCUUAUCUUUUAUUAUUUGGUUUUACAGCAAGUGAGAGGUGGGAAUAACGUUCUUGCAACGAAAUGAGGGAAGCUUGAGUUCACUAUACAAACUAUUUGUCAA